AGGGUCUCCUGUCUCUCGCAUAGAGACUUUUCCACGCACACCCAGCAAGCCUAGAACCAAGCAGACCAAACUCGCGCUCGGGGAUGAAACAGCGGACUUUGCAGUUAUAUGCGAGGGGACGCGGUAUAUGGCGCAUAGGGCCAUUUUGUCAGCCUCGUCACCUUACUUUGCGCGUAUGUUCCGCUUCAGCGGCAGCGUAAGCCUCCCCUUUUCCCCAAAUCCAGCUUUCCUUCAUAUCUAAACUGAUUGAACAGGAGAUCAGCAACAAGGAAGUCGACGUGUCAGAUGUCGACGCGCUGUCCAUGAAGCAAGUCUUGGAUUACAUGUACACAGGCAUGUAUGCGCUUCCGUGCGGCAUCCUUAUCCCAGCAACCGACUACUGCAAGCACAGCAGCUUGGCUCUCCUAGAGGGACCUGUUAGCAGUCCGAAGAUCUUCAAGCGCAAGUGUCCUUGUGCUGGGAAGUGUCUUGCUCCUGCGCAUCUCCUCAUGCAUGUGCACAUCUACACGGUCGCAGACUAUCUGGACAUGUUUGUCCUUAAAUCGUACGCACAACAGGGUGUGCAGGAUGUGUUGCAUGUUUAUUGGCAGGAUGAGAGCUUGGAGCUGGUCGAUGCACUGGAAGAGGCGUUCACAGCUACACCGGAUGAUGAUAGGGGGAUGAGAGACACAUUUGUGGAUGCGCUGAAGGAACAUCCGGGAUUGGCAGUUGAUGUUGGAGUCGUGAGAGCCUGGCUAGAUGCGAAUCCAGAUGUAGAUGAGAGUGUGAACUGGGGUUGAAUUCAGAGAUUGGCUGUAACGUGAUAGGUGGAUUGACCAAAGGCUGGUUUUGAUACGUCCUGAACUGAUGCAUGGAAAAAUCCAACAUGCUAUUCCAGCGACAAUCGAUCGUAAAAGCAUCAUUAUAAGGAUUUAACGCCAGACCGAACACCUGCU